AUUUACUGCUUUCCCGAAAAAAAUGUGUUUAAAUAAAUUUUUUAUCUAACUUUCAAAAAUUAACUUUUGGGUGUGUCCGUCUCAUAUCAGUUCAGAUGUUAUCGAAAACAAAUGAUCAUACUGUUAACAAGGUCUCUUUCGGUUAAGGCGUGUUCCAGUCCAGAAAGUGUCUAUUUUAAUUAAUUGCAUUUUCUACUUUAAGACUUAAAGUUACUUUAUCCACUCAAGAGUAAGUAUACUAGAGGUACUAAGUCGUUUUGUGCAUAAUUUAUUUAACUGUAUCUCAGUACGAUGUCGGAAUAUUGGCUGAUAUCUGCUCCUGGAGACAAGACUUGCCAACAGACCUGGGAAACCCUCAACAAUGUUACUAGCAAGCAGAAUAGUUUGUCCAUCAAUUACAAAUUUCACAUACCUGACUUGAAGGUGGGCACUUUGGAUCAGUUAGUGGGAUUGUCUGAUGAUUUAGGAAAAUUGGAUAGUUUCGUUGAUCAAGUUACCCAUAAGGUGGCAUCUUACUUGGGGGAAGUACUGGAAGACCAACGAGACAAACUGCAAGAGAACUUGAUGGCUAAUAAUGGAGACCUCGCCGUCUACUUAACUCAUUUCCAAUGGGACAUGGCUAAAUAUCCAAUUAAACAGUCGUUGCGUAAUAUAGCUGAUAUAAUCAGUAAACAGGUAGGGCAAAUUGAUGCAGAUCUUAAAACAAAAUCGUCUGUGUACAAUAAUCUUAAGAGCAGCUUACAAAAUAUGGAAAAAAAACAAACUGGCAGUUUGUUAACAAGAAAUUUGGCUGAUCUUGUACGCAAGGAACAUUUUAUUCAGGAUUCUGAGUAUUUAACUACAUUGCUUGUUGUAGUGCCCAAGUCCGGAUUUUCUGAUUGGAAUCAAAAUUAUGAAAAAUUAACCGAUAUGAUUGUGCCUCGUUCUAGCCAGCUAGUUAGCCAAGACAAUGAUUAUGGAUUGUUUACUGUCACAUUAUUCAAAAAAGUGGCUGAAGAAUUCAAACAUCAUGCUAGGGAGAGAAAGUUUAUUGUACGUGAGUUUACUUACAAUGAAGUUGAACUCGCGGCUGGUAAAAACGAAAUCUCCAAGUUAGUAACUGACAAGAAAAAGCAAUUCGGUCCGUUAGUACGGUGGUUAAAAGUCAAUUUCAGUGAAUGUUUCUGUGCUUGGAUACACGUGAAAGCUCUUCGGGUAUUUGUUGAAUCUGUAUUAAGAUAUGGCCUACCUGUUAAUUUUCAAGCUAUGUUAUUGCAUCCCAAUAAAAAGAACACUAAACGGCUGAGAGAUGUUUUGCACCAAUUGUACGGACAUCUGGACAGUAGUGCUCAACAAGGUGGCGCAACCGGUGCACAUGAUAGUGUUGAUAUACCAGGACUUGGGUUUGGUCAAGCCGAGUACUUCCCAUAUGUUUAUUAUAAAAUUAAUAUAGAUAUGGUUGAUUCCAAAGCGUAAGAUUUAGUAUUGAAUCAAAAUCACCCCAUCGUUUAAUGUUUUAAAUAUAUUUUUUUUUUUUUAAUUUGCACAACAUUGAAAGAAAUAACCAUAAUUGAAUCAUUUUGCUGUCUGAAUAUUUGUAAUCGUCUUACAAAAUUGUUCAUCCAUUCGAUAUCAUUAUUAUAUAAUAUUAGCCUAUCUAUACAUUCCUUUACCAUGCUAUUAAACUUUUAAUUAUUAUUUUUGAAAGCAAUAUUUUCUAAACAUGUUUUAAUACCGUUAUGUUAUUUGUUGUUUUUGAGUUGUUGAAAAAUAAUAUUUUAUUUUAUUGAAUUAAAAAAAAAAAUAUAUUAUUUAUUUUAAUAAGUAUAAAUAGGUUGAUAGAACUUAAAUAUUUUAAUUAUUAUACCAUAAAAAUAAAUGUAAUUUGGAAUUGUAUUGUAAAUAUCCCAUUUAUUAUUAUCCUUUAGUACUGACAUUUUAGAUGUUAUUUUGAAUUUUUUUUUAGAGAUUGUACUCUUUUUAACUUCAAAUUUAUACUUAGAAUAAGAUAUAUUGAGGGCUUCAGAGGCACAAUUUACCAUGAGUUAUUAUCCGAUUUUAUUUAUAAAAUAAUUAAACAUGACUUUUUACAGAACAAAUAAGAGAUAUAAUAUGUUUGAUGUACAAUGGAAAUUAAUUUGAAAGUCACUAACUCUAUUUUUAAAAGCAUAUGAAUUUAAAUGAGAUAAUUUGUUAGUUUUUAAUACUUGUCAUUAUUUUAAAAUGAAAUUAACAAAAUUUUUAAAGUAUAAAAAUUAUAUGUUAAUGUAAAUUAAAUUGCACAAAGAUUUAUAUCAAAUCUACAAAUACAGUUACUUAUUAAACCAUAUAAAUUAACAAAUUAAUAUAUUUUUUGUAUUAAUUUGUAAAAUUAGAUAUUUAUAUAAAACUAUUAACUAUUCAUAAACUAAAUAGUAUAAGUGAUUUAAUUUUAGUUUAAAUAAUUCUAAUUAAAAUUUGUGAUGAAUAAAAUAAUUCUAAGAAUCUGCUUCUGAAUCCCUCUAAUGUUAUUAUUAUUGAGCGCAAGUGAUUGUUUUAUGAUUAUUAUUAUUAUUAUUAUUAUUAUAUGCCAUUGAUGACAAGUUCAUUCAUAUUAAUAUUUAAUUUGGGUUCAUUAAUUAAUAAUAGUGAUAUGAUGUUACAAAAACAUUCCUACAAGUUGCAACUUAUUAGUAGAUUAUAAUGACCGUGUGAUAACUUUGUGUACAUCAUGGUUUAUUAUUUUUGUUGAAUUGUGUAUAAUAAAAAACAUUUAAAAAUAAAAUUGAAUUAAAUUAAUACAA